AAAUUUAUUAAAAAUAAUAUAGUUCAUCAAAAAUUCAAAAUUAAGGUCUAAUACAAUUGCUUAAAGUGAAUUAAAAUGAUACUGUAGCUUUUCACUUGUAUCACUCCCUGUUCGACUGUCCCUUUUCUACACUCAGUUUUUUUUGCGACUACUCUGAAUUUUCCAUUGAAGCGGAUUGUAAGCUUUCUCUGCUCCAUUGAACCGUAGCAUUGGUGAGUUUUAUAUUUGAAACUUGAAAUUCUGUUGCAAAUUCAGUUUUUGCAAAGAAAUGAAAUUGACAGUGAAGCGAAUCUGCAUCCGUGCUCAUCUCAUAAACCCACAGCCCAUUUCAGAAUUCCUGGAAAAAGCAGCUAGAUUCAUAAGUUAUGUGCCAACCCAAAAACAAGAACAGAGGGUUGAAGAAGUAAACUUGGACAGUGAAAGCAUAUUGAACAAGACAUACUGGACAAGAAAAAUUCAUAAGCUAUGUGCUAUUGAUGGAAAUGUUGAUGAGGCACUUUGUCUCUUGGACAGCAUCCGUGUCCGAGGCUACUGUCCUGAUUCUCUAAAUCUCAGCAGUAUAAUCCAUGCCCUUUGUUGGUCUAAGCGUUAUGCCGAGGCUCACCAGCGCUUCCUCUUCUUCAUUGCCUCUCAAUGUAUUCCGGAUGUGCGUACUUGCAAUGUCCUCAUUGCUAAAUUACUUGAUUCUCGAACCCCACACAUUACAUUUGAUUUGGUCCGCAGUUUGAUCAAAGAAAACCCUGAGUUUGUUCCAUCUUUGAACAAUUAUAACCGUUUGAUUGAUCAGUUUUGCAAGUCAUCCGAGCCUCAUGUAGCUCAUAGAGUGUUGUUUGACAUGGUUCACAGGGGGCAUUGUCCAACUGUUGUUUCCUACACUACUUUGAUUAACGGAUAUUGUAAAUAUGGGGAGAUGGGUUCUGCAUUUAAGCUCUUUAACGAAAUGUUUGAGAACAAUGUAGUGCCUAAUUCUCUGACUUACAGUGUUUUGCUUGGUGGAGUUUUGGGGAGUGGUGAUACACAGCGUGGGAAGGACUUGAUUAUUAAGCUUUGGGAGCAGAUGAAAAAUGUUAUCAAUCCAUCUGUUAAUUGUGCAGCAUUUUCCAACCUUAUGGAUAGCUUGUGUAGGGUAGGAUUAUUUCAUGAAAUUUUCCAAAUUGCUGAAGAUAUGCCGCAAGGUAGAAGUGUUCCUGAGGAAUUUGUUUAUGCUCAGAUGGUAGAUUCUCUUUGCAGAGUUGGUAGGCAUCAUGGAGCUUCAAGGAUAGCAUAUAUAAUGAGAAAAAGAGGGUUUACACCAAGCAAGACAGCAUAUAAUUCUAUAAUCCACGGAUUAAGCAAGGAGGGGGGAUGUAUGAGGGCUUUUCAGCUGUUUCAAGAAGGAAUUGUAUUUGGCUAUGUGCCAUCUGAAUAUACAUACAAGAUCUUGGUAGAAAGUCUUUGUCUAGAGGGUGAUGUACCCAAGGCAAAGGAAGUUCUGCAAUCCGUUCUCAAGCUGAGAAAUGUGGACCAAACUAGAAUCUAUAAUAUAUACAUUAGAGCUCUAUGUCUUAUCAACAAUGCAACAGAGCUCCUAAAUACACUUGUUUCUAUGCUGCAGGCACAAUGUAAGCCCGAUGUGAUCACCCUUAAUACUGUUACUAAUGGUUUAUGUAAAAUGGGAAGGAUCCAAGAUGCAAUGGAAAUAUUUUAUGACAUGAUGCUGGGUAAAUUUUGUGCACCUGAUGCCAUAACUUUCACUGUUGUUAUUGGUGGAUUAUUGAAUGCUGGAAAAGUCAAAGAAGCUCUUGUUCUGUUGCAUGAGAAAAUGCCAGAAAGACAACUCAGGCCCAGUGUCGUGACCUAUAACGCUGUUCUUCGAGGAUUAUUUAAUCUCAAGAAGGCUAAUGAAGCUAUGGAGAUGUAUAGAGCCAUGGUAGCCCAAGGUUUAAAUGCUGAUAGCACCACUUAUAGUAUAGUUAUUGACGGGCUUUGUGAGGCUGGUCGCUUAGAUGACGCCAAAAGAUUUUGGGAUGAAGUAAUAUGGCCUUCCCAGAUUCAUGACAAUUUUGUUUAUGCUUCCAUAUUGAAAGGGCUUUGCCAGUGGGGUAGGUUGGAUGAGGCUUGCGACUUCUUAUAUGAACUGGUAGAUUGUGGUGUAUCGCCUAAUAUUUACAAUUAUAACAUUUUAAUUGACUGCGCUUGUAAGUUGGGCUUGAAGAAGCAAGCUUACCAGAUCGUUGGAGAGAUGAGGAAGAAUGGGUUAUCUCCAGAUGCCGUCACUUGGAGGAUACUUGACAAGCUACAUAGGAACUUCCAUAUAGAAGAAAAAGAAGGCAAACAUCAACAUCCGGACGUAGAACCUUUAGAGGGCAGGGUUUCAGAAUUCAACAAUGUUGGCAGCAACAUGGAAAUGUUAGGUUCCAUCCAACAAUUGCAGGCUUGUUUGCUAGUGGGAGUCUAGAUCAUGAAGUUCGGCUUUGGGUGCAAUUACAGCAGAAUUUAUUGGGUCAUGGGAUAUUUGGGAAACUGCUUGCAAUUGCAGUUGCUCAAUCAAGUGAUGGCGUGAUGCUGAAGUGUAAAUUCUGUUUUGGCUAGCUAUACAUAUGGCUAAUGCCACUAUAAUGAAUGAGGAGAAUUGUCUAUCCCUACUGUUGUCCUGAAGACACGGCGUUCAUUACAUGCUUUUCACCUCCAUCUACAUGCUUCACCUUUUUUAUUGACAGCUGAGGUCAAUGGCCUUGAUUCUUCAGAUUCAUCAAUGACACUUGCAACUUCUCAGGGUAUGUAUGAUAUCCACCUUCUACUGUAUAUGUUGCUAAUGUUCAUGCUUCUGAUUGGUCUAGCUCAGCUUCCUCUCAUGUCCCUUCCCAUCCUGAUCUGGCCUCCGCUCUCUGGAAAUAAUGGAAGAAUAUCUUUUCAGCACUCAGAUGGAAAUGCAGGUUCAAGUAGUUUGAAGCAGAGGUUUGGUCCUUCGUCGGUGAGGUUGCUAAGCUCUUGUUGUCUCCCAUUGAAUCUAGUAACAUUUCUUCGGUUCCGAAUGAAAUACGGCCUGUGUCAGCUGAGGUGGAAAGCCAUUGCUCCCGAGUUUUCUGUUGAUGUUAUGAAAUCAUCUGAUGUACAGCCUGAAGAAAGAAAUACUCGGUUUUUCCCUGUUGGAGACCCUGCAUAUUAGGAUCUACCUUUCUUGCAAGUAUGGUUAGUUGGUCAUAACCAAACUGGACAACGCAUGAUAUGUCCUGUAAAUUCUAGGUCGCAACUCGCAAGAACCUCCUUCUGCGCAAAGUGGGAUGUUAAUUCAGGAUCCGGUGGCUUCGUCAGCCAUGCAAAAAAGUACAUCUUAUACACGGGGUACCAGUUGGUUCAAUUCUUGGCAUCAUUCAUCACGUCCUCGAGCAGCAGCUAGUACUGCUGCAGCGGAAGCAACUGUUAUUCUACAGGAUGAAGGUGACCCUCAUCCUGUCAUUAGUAGAGUUCAAUCUGAGCUUGCCACAUCACUAGCAGCUGCCGCAUCAGCAGAGUUUCCGUUCACUGUGAAACUUAGAAUAUGGCCAUAUGACAUAAAAGAUCUCUGUGCUCAUGUUGAUCCAGAGAAAUGUCAUUUGAUUAUUUCUCUUGCUGGCCUUUGCAGGCAAGUGUUACCUGGAAUUAAGAAGCAGGCUCACCAUGAUGCGUUAGGAGCUGCAACUUCACCAACAAGGCAUCCAAUCUCAGCUCAACUAGUUAUGUUUGGGGUAGUACUUGCAUCACGGGCAUUAAGGGUUGCCCACUGUUUGAUGUCAAUUCAGGCAUGGCUGAAAAUCUGGGCAGAAUAAAUUUGGUUGUCGAUAAUCUUAAUAGCAAUUUAGCCUAGCUAGUGGUGUUCAUCAACAAUCUCCCGUUUCCUAUCUACACUUUUGACGAUUGUUUUAUUGCUGGAAGGCUUUGAAGGUGUCUGUUCGAAAUCAGAAUGAUUGUAACAGACCAUGUGACAGAAAGGAGACUAGUAAGGAGCUAUACUUUGAUUUUACAGAUCAGCUGAUGGGCAAUCUUAUUCAUAUCUGAACAGCUGCGCCUCAGCGCCUGUAAUCUUAUUCUGAUCUGAACAGCUGCGCCUGUAAUCUUAUUCUGAUCAGAGCAGCAGCUUUUCAGUUAUGAAGGGGAAAAUGAAACGAAUUCGUCGAUUUUUGUUUUAAGAUUCAGAGCAAGACAGAUUUUGGUCAAAGGUUGAAAAAGAAAGAGAAGCUUUGUUUUAUUUUGAUAAAAUUGUAUAUUAAGUACAAAACUCAAUCAUUAUUCUGUUUUGUAUCUUGUAACAUUUAUGAUUUGCUGGUUAUAUAAACUAAUGGUGUUAUUCGGAUUA